CUCCCCCUCAUCGCACUUUCUCCCGGCUCAGCGCCUGGAGGCCUGGCCCCGGGAAGAGGGAGGAUGGUUCCCGAGGUGAGGCUCCUCUCCUCCUUGCUGGGACUCGCGCUGCUCUGGUUCCCCUUGGACUCCCACGCACGAGCCCGCCCAGACAUGUUCUGCCUUUUCCACGGGAAGAGAUACUCCCCCGGCGAGAGCUGGCACCCCUACCUGGAGCCCCAGGGCCUGAUGUACUGCCUGCGCUGUACCUGCUCCGAGAGUGCCCACGUAAGUUGCUACCGCCUCCACUGCCCGCCUGUCCACUGCUCCCAGCCUGUGACGGAGCCGCAGCAGUGCUGUCCCCGGUGUGUGGAGCCUCACACCCCUUCUGGGCUUCGGGCGCCCCCAAGGUCCUGCCAGCACAACGGGACCAUGUACCAACAAGGCGAGAUCUUCAGUGCCCACGAGCUGCUCCCUUCCCGCCUGCCCAACCAGUGCGUCCUCUGCAGCUGCACCGAGGGCCAGAUCUACUGCGGCCUCAUGACCUGCCCAGAACCAGGCUGCCCCGCCCCCCUCCCGCUGCCCGCCUCCUGCUGCCAGGCCUGCAAAGACGGGUCAGGUGAGAAAUCCUCCGAAGAAGACACCACGGAGCCUCACCCUGGGGCGAGACACUCCCAGGAUCCGUGUUCCGGGGACGGCGGGAGGAAGAGGGGCCUGGGCACCCCAACCCCCACUGGCCCCAGCGCCCCUCUGGGCUUCAUCCCUCGCCACUUCCGGCCAAAGGAGGCCGGCAGCACCACGGUCAAGAUUGUCCUGAAGGAGAAGCAUAAGAAAGCCUGUGUGCACGGCGGGAAGACAUACUCCCAUGGGGAGGUGUGGCACCCAGCCUUCCGCUCCUUCGGACCCCUGCCCUGCAUCCUGUGCACCUGUCAGGAUGGCCGCCAGGACUGCCAGCGCGUGACCUGCCCCACUGAGUACCCCUGCCAUCACCCCGAGAAAGUGGCUGGGAAGUGCUGCAAGAUUUGUCCAGAGGACAAGGCCGACCCUGGCCCCAGUGAGGUCAGCACCACCAGGUGUCCGAAGGCGCCAGGCCGAGUCCUCGUCCACACGUCGGUGUCCCCGAGCCCGGACAACCUGCGUCGCUUUGCCCUGGAGCGUGAAGCCUCUGAGCAGGUGGAGAUCUACCUCUGGAAGCUGGUAAAAGAUGAGGAAACUGAGGCUCAGAGAGGUGAAGUACCUGGCCCAAGGCCACACAGCCAGAAUCUUCCACUUGAUUCAGAUCAAGAAAGUCAGGAAGCAAGACUUCCAGAAGGAGGCACAGAACUUCCGGCUGCUCACUGGCACCCACGAAGGUCACUGGAACGUCUUCCUAGCCCAGACCCCGGAGCUGAAGGUCACGGCCAGUCCAGACAAAGAGACCAAGACCUUAUAACAAAGACCUGAACAGCUGCAGAUAUGAGCUUUGUCAUUUUUGUUGUUAUAUAUUAAUAAAUAAGUGUAGUUGCAUUA